GUAUAACUUGUAAAACAACAGAGCGCCAAAUCUUUCUAUUCGCAGCUUAUGACAAAUGAAGGAGUUCGAGUGACUUUAUGUGAAUAACCCCAUAUGAAAAACACAGUGGAGGAACAAAGCUGUGCGGCAUCAUGUCGGUUCCGUUUGUUCAGGACUGGGACCUGGUUCAGACUCUGGGAGAAGGAGCCUACGGAGAAGUGAGGCUGCUGGUGAACAGACAGACCGAAGAGGCCGUAGCUGUGAAGGUUAUCGACACCUCUCAGUCUAAAGAGUGUGCUGACAAUGUCAAAAAGGAGGUCUGCGUCCAUAAGAUACUCAACCACCCCAACAUCGUCAGGUUUUUUGGUCAUCGGAAGGAGGGGCCAAGUGUUUAUCUUUUCCUGGAGUAUUGCACCGGAGGGGAGCUGUUUGACCGGAUCGAGCCUGAUGUAGGGAUGCCAGAGAAGGAUGCUCACAGGUUUUUUCAGCAGCUAAUAGAAGCUGUGGAGUACCUCCACAGUCUGGGCAUCACCCACAGAGACAUAAAGCCUGAGAAUAUUUUGCUGGACGAUAAAGACAACCUGAAGCUGACAGAUUUUGGCCUGGCCACCAUGUUUCGUUUUAAGGGGCGAGAACGCUUUCUGAACCGUCUCUGUGGAACUCUGCCGUACGUUGCGCCGGAGCUUAUCGGCCAAUCAGAGUACAGCGCUCAGCCUGCAGAUAUCUGGGCCUGUGGGAUCGUCCUAACUGCCAUGCUGGCUGGAGAGCUGCCGUGGGAUCAGCCAACUGAGAGCUGCCAGGAGUUUUCAGACUGGCUUCAGAAGAAAACAUACCUACCUCCUUGGAAGAAAAUACAACCUUUGCCUCUUAGUUUGUUAUCAAAAAUAUUAAAUCCCAGUCCCAAAGCGCGGAUCACAGUACCAGACAUAAAGAAGGACCGSUGGUUUACUCAAGGUCCUCAGACUUCAGGAGGGAACAAAGUUCUUCGAGCUGAUGUGGAUCUCAAAUCUCGGCCAAACAGCGAUGACAGGAUGCAGUUUUCCAGCUCUCAGCCUGACUUGGCAGCCAGUGGUUGGGAAGCCAUGUUGUUGAUCGGUCCUGCUGACGGUCAGGUCAGCUUCUCCCAGCCGACCCGACCUGGAGACAUGUUGCUGGGGAGUCAGAUGGUCGGCACGCCGGGGGCCAGUCAGUCUCCCUGGCAGAAACUGGUGCGAAGAAUGACGCGAUUCUUCACCAGCGUGAACGCUGAUGCCUCCUUAACUGCCCUGAAAGACGUCUGCGAUGGCAUGGCGUUCGCCUUUAAACUCACCUGCACCAAACAGGUGACUGUGAGCACGRUGGACAAACGUAAAAACAACCUCAUCUUUAAAGUUCAUUUGCUAGAGAUGAAUCAGAGAGUGCUGCUGGACUUCAGGCUGUCUAAGGGUGACGGUUUGGAGUUCAAGCGUCUCUUUGUGAAGAUAAAACAGAAACUCGGUGACGUCGUCAGCACUCAGAAGGUUUUUCUUCUCAGCACAUGAGAAAUCACUACACACAAACACAGCAUCAUGAAGACAUGAGCUGUACAUAUUUACAUGUUUGUCCACUGAAGACAAGCAUUUUUGUACUUCUGCUUGUCUGAAGUUCAACUCAUGUCCUCUUGUGUGUGACGUGCUGGUUAAAACUUUUUGUUUGUUUUAAAGAAAGUACACACCAUCAUGGUUAAAUGCAGUUUUAUUAAAGCCCGUAUGUGCACGUUAGUCCUGAAUUUGCCAUUUUAAAGACUGACUUUCUGUGUAUGUUGUUUGUUACAAUUCAAAGCUGAAUAAAUUAUUAAAACACA